AUUUGCAUCAAAACCAUAUAAAGAACCAAACACAUAUUAUUAUUUUCUUGUUCUAAUUAACAUGUCAGCUUCAGUCGCUAGUAAUGUUUCAAAUUAUCUGCUAGCAAAAUCUGUGAAACCAUUAUCGAACCCAUUGGCGUGGAGUGAUGAAAAAAUCCUUGAUACAGUUUACAUAACUCAUGUCCACACCGGCGAAAGGUACGAUGUGGAGUCGCUUUUCAAUCUCACUUCAAACAUUAUCAAGCGUUCUACUGCCAUCGCAGAUAGUGUUACCAUUAAGACUGGGACUCCAAUUGGUUUUAUAGAAGACAAGGCUCCCAUAUCUGGUUUUGAGCCUCCUUUCCGUAGACUCAAGCAAAUUUCUUCUCAGAUGUUUAGCACGGUUCGGGGCGAGCACCAUGCACACAUUACAACAAUGUCAAUACUAGAACAGCUAAAAUCCUAUACAUGGGAUGGAAAAGCAAUAGUUGCACUAGCUGCAUUUUCAUUAGAAUACGGUCAUUUCUGGCAUUUAGUUCAAACACCAAGUGGUGACCAACUUGGAAGAUCAUUAGCACAAAUGAAUAAAGUUCAAAGUAUUGAGAAAAAUAGACAAGCAAUUGCUGAUUACAACAGUUUGGUUAAGAAUCUUUUGUUUGCUGUUGAGUGUAUUACUGAAUUGGAGAAACUUUCAACAAAAGGGUAUGAAACUAAAGAUGUUCCUGAUUUGUAUUUAGCAAUGAAAGAGAUUCCUGUUGCUGUUUAUUGGGCUAUUAUUACUGCUGUUAUUUGUUCUAAUCAUAUGGAUCUUCUUGUCGGUGAUUCGGAAGAAAGGGAGGCAAUAUCAAGUUUUGAAGCGAAGCUUGCCUCCAUUGUGAGCAAAUUAAAGGCUCGUCUGACAAGUAGCAGACAGAAAAUAAGUGAGCUAGAAGAUUAUUGGAAGCGUUUGAGGGUGUUUCAAACUCCAACUCAAAUUGUUGAGGUUAUAAAGGCAUUGAUCUUCCACAAUGAAAAUCAAGAUCACUCAGUGUAUGAUGGUUUAAAUAGACAAAUGGUGAGCAUAAAUGUAUUAAGGAGAAAAUAUGUGUUACUAUUCAUUUCAGGCCUAGACAACAUAAGAGAUGAAAUCAGGCUUCUAAACUCCAUCUACAUUGGAUUACAAGAAGAUCCACUAGAAGUAAAAGGAUAUAGAAAAGAAGAUUUCAAGAUUUUGUGGAUUCCAAUUGUGGAUGAAUGGACACUUCUUCACAAAGCAGAGUUUGAUAAUUUGAAGUUGGAUAUGCCAUGGUAUGUGGUUGAGUACUUUAAACCCUUAGCUGGAAUAAGAUUGAUAAGAGAAUUCUUGAACUACAAGAACAAGCCUAUUCUUCCUGUUUUGAACCCUCAAGGUAGUGAUGGUAGCACUGUCAACCUCAAUGGUAGCAUUGUCAACCCCAAUGCAAUGCACAUGAUUUUUGUUUGGGGUAUAGAUGCUUUCCCUUUUAGACCUACUGAUGAUGAGUCCCUUACUCAAAAGUGGAAUUGGUUUUGGUCUGAAAUCAGGAAAGUUUAUCCAAGGCUUCAAGACAUUAUUAAAAAGGACACGUUCAUAUUCAUAUAUGGAGGAACAGACCCAAAGUUUAUGCAGGAGUUCUCAAUAGCAGUAGAAAAAAUAAGAAGGCACGAAAUUAUAAAAAAAGCAGAAGCAGUAAUAGAGCAUUACCCCUUGGCAAAAGAAGACUCAACGAUCGUUCCAAGUUUCUGGAGAGGAAUAGGGAACUUAUUAUCAAUCAUGAAUCAAAAGACACACAAAGAUCCAACAAUCAUGAAUGAAAAGACACACAAUGAACAAACAAUCUACGAAAUAGAGAGUUUGAUACGUCUGAAACAUAGUUGGGUCCUUAUGAGUAAAGGACCCAACGUAAAAUUACUUGGCCGUGGUGACCGAAUGCUGGCCACUGCGGUCGAUUUCGAGAUAUGGAAAGAGAAAGUGCUGGAGAAAGCAGGGUUUGAUGUUGCAUUUAAGGAGUAUUAUGAUCGUAGGGGUGGAGAAUUUCCUGAUGAUGAUUGUGCUGUACUGCAGUUGGAAAAUUACCCUGCUGAUACUUGUGGUCCUAUUUACUGUCCUGAUCAGUGUGGUCGUUACAUGGAGAUUGCUUCGGUUAGUUAUAAGUGUUGUCAUGGUCAUGCUGAUCAUCACAACCUUGAUGCUCCUGACCACAGUGGUACUGUUCAGAUUGAGAAAAGGUCUUGAUCAGUUUUGGAUCAUUCAAUCUGUUUUCAACUUUUAUGUUUCUUCUUAUAAUUUGUGUGUUUCUUGUUUUUGGUUUGUUCAUGUUGUUUGUGUCAGCAGAUGUUGUCUAGCCUUUUGUGGCUUGUUGGAAAUAAUGGCUACAAAUGUCUGUUUUGUCUUAAUCAGUUAAUCAGAUUAUCAUAUUUUGUCUUAUGAUUAUUUAUACUUAUCCCA